AGGACCUCCCCGCCUUUGACAUUACAUUAUUUAUUUUUUACACUACUUGCGCCAAUUAUUUUUGUACCUAUCAUUUUUCCAAGUAAUUUCUUUAUUGAAAUACCCAUCAAAUAAAUGAAGGCACUAGAACAUCAGUCAGUCCAUUCGUAUUCCAUUUGGGCUGCACUAGGUGCCUAUUUGUUUCUUUUCCCCCGCCACUUUAUCGCCCCCGUGGUUCUUGCGAAGGGCAGUAGUGACAACAUUUCUUCUACUGACCGAAGUCCGUCCCCGACAUCUAGGCAAUUACAAGACAACAUACGACCACCGACACCACCCUUGUUAUCUCUAGAAAGUUUGAAAAUCUUGACGGAUUUCGUAAAAAGACAGGAUGAGCAGCAAAAACUGCUGCGGGAGCAAAGGAGAGAGGAGAUAAAGGGGAAAAGAACCCUACUGGGGCCGCAGUUGUUGUCCAAAACGGCAGUACUAUCUACAGCACCACAACCACACAAAGCGCGUCGUCCUGUCAGUGCAAUAAAUUCAUCUUCCCCGCCCCCGUCCCGUCGCCUCACAGCAAGUUCUUCCACCACGGCACCAGAAACGGAGGUUUGCUUUACCUAUUUCAAAGCCAACCAUUUGGAUUGCACGCGAAACAAGGAUUACAGUGUGAACUUUCAAGUUGCGUCAGCGAGUUGUGUAGCCAGUCCAGCCAGUUGCGCGGAGUGCGGGCAAACGGACCAGGGCUACAGUACCAUCGCGGUUUGCGACCAAGACUAUUCGACGCUGACAACGGGCGCGCAAUGCGCUUACUCCGUGAUGAAUACCUGUUCCGAAGCGGUAGUGGACGGGACGGGGAAGUUAAAUCUGCUGAAGCUGAACAAAAAGUACAACUACAACCCACCUCUGCAGCUCCCACCGGCAGACCACCCAAAUUUGCCGUUUCACCUCUCCGGGGUGACCAGGAGGCUGCAGAGCCCGUUUUUCCACUCCGUUGGGUUCUGCUCGGAAGCAACAACCAGCGAAGUUUGGGUGGACACGGGCGUCUUCACGAAGUGCUCGAUCCCCUACGCGAUCGAUUUGGGACUUGGCGCGAAGAAAUUAAACGAGAUCAAGAAAAUCUGCUCGGUCGAUACCCCGUACGCCGGUUACAACCUGGUCUGUGACACGUUCGUGCUGACCGAUACAAACCAGCCGUUGGAUGGGAAUCUGAAUUUCAAAAUCCUCACCAAAUUUCUGCCGGGAAGCUUCACGAACAAUGUAUUGAAAAAGCCGAUUGAUUUCACAAAGGGAACCGACACCGCCGAAGCGUGCGGCACAGGGAUAGGCACCGUACAAUCGGUCCGGUUGUACGCGCGCCACAGCGCCGCCUGUCCAAGGGUUUCUAUUCGUGUUGGUCAGCGGUACGUUUUGGCGUCGAACGAGCAAAUCUGGUGGGUGGCGUCGGUGCAUGGGACCGCCGUCGCGAAAAAGCUGAUCGACGUGCACAUGUGCGGGCCGCAGAGGCAAGACCGGGUGUGCGACGGCGGGCACAGUUCGCGGACGAAAUGCGAUCAGGAGCGCGGGGUGUGCGUUGGGGUGGAUACGGUUUUGAGUCCGCCGAUGUCGGAAAAAUCGAAGCAAGAGACGAAGUUUGAUUUCUCUUCUAUCCCAACAUACUGCCUCGACAGCGCAACAAGUAAUGCUGUCAUUCCCGGAGACACAAUCACUAUCAAAUGCAAAUAUGUCUGGGUCUGGAAGAGUGCAAGUUUGUCAUGCUUGUCUGGCAUGACUCGAGAAUCUGUGUUGCAUAGGCACGAAAAGGCCCUCUUACCCGUCAUGCAAAAACGCAGCUUUCCAUGCGGAAUACGUAAGACAUAGGAGCCAAAAAAUUUGUCAUGCGUAGCUGCGUAUUGCAGUGCUUCUACCAUUCACUUUUAGCAUUACAAGUUCCCAGGCCCAGACAUAUUUGCAAUGCAUAAUCACCACCGGGUUGCAAAUUCGGUUCGGGAGCUGCGAGGACCGGCUGACGCGGGAUAUCACUUGUAAAAAUGUCUGGGUCUGGAAACUUGUGAUGCUGGGUGGCGUCUCAUGAUGAGGCCACAAGUGCUGGCUCAGCAUGACAAGUUUCUGAGCUUCUAGGUGUUGCCUAUUCUGCAUGACAAACUGCGUUUCUGCAUCAAAAAAAAAUGGAGCUCUUGGGUAACGUGCAUGACAGGUUUAAGAGUCAUGCCAGACAAGCAUGACAAACUUGCACUCUUCCAGACCCAGACAUUUUUGCAUUUGAUACGGGACACCGGCGCCGCACUCUUCGAGAAACCGCAGGCGAAGUGCUUUGCGGAUCUGCCCGGGUGUUCCGACAGCUGUCCAACGGCGAAAAACGGCGUGUGCGAGGACGGCGGUGUGAACCAAAAUCCCUUACCGGAGAGCAAAGGUGGAUACAGUUACUACAAAUGCCCUCUAGGCACCGACUGCACCGACUGCGGACCCACCGCGAACUUGUGGCGCCGGGUUUUGAAGACGGAUUUUGCGGAACAGCCGUUUUACUCCAGCUCGGAAUUCAAGGAUUUUCUGCAGAGAGAAGUCUUCCGCAAGACAAUCGGCUCGGGCGACGGGUGGGGCGCGCGCGUCCGGUUUUGCCCCGUUUUUUACAACGGGCUGACCGGGAAAUACGAGGAUCCGGCGGACCAAGCAGGUUUGACCUCCCCGUGUUUCGAAUCCCUUGCUACGCUUCAAUCAGACGCGCUGUGGGGGCAGGAACACAGUUGGAACUGGUUUUCGCAACUAGAACAAAUUGGGUACAACACGCCUGUGGAGUGCGGGGACUAUUGCCUUGCGGAGCAUUUGGAUUUUGAAACUAAUCUGUACCAAAGUCUUCCCCGGAGGCACCAGUUCAGAAGGAACAAAAACGCGGCAAAAGUUGUACAACUAGGGAACAGUGAAGUAAUAAAUCUCGAACAAGAUCUGUCCCUCGAGUUCGCCAGUCCUGAAUUUGAGCUCACGUCCCUCAUCUCGGACAACCAAGCAAAGCUGCUUCACGGAAAGCAGACACAGGGCGUCUAUUUGUCCGGGAAGGUGUCCGACUACGGUGCUACUUUCGCGGCAGGGUCCAAGUAUGGGGUUGACUACAAACAGCAAACUCGGUUUCUGAACUGUCCUUUCAAAGCCUCUUAUCCUCCGAACGGGUUUAUUCAAGCAGACGGGAGUUUGAGCAAGGACCGCUUUCCCGUGCUGUCGCAGGGGAUGAGCUACUGCGCGUUUGACAAAAUUUCCACCACUGGCAUCCCGGAGUCGGCGACGACGGAUGUAAUCCCGCUCGUCGGUGUCGCGGUGGACGUCUCGUGUGCGCACGAUGCCAGUGAUUUGACGUUCACGACGACCACCACGCCUUCCCCACUCGUGGACCAUGGUCGGGACUUCGUGUGUGUCACGAAGUUCGCGAAAAUCCCCGGGGACGCAAAAUCGGCGGAAGAUUUUGUGGAGCCGUGCUCGAGCAACCAAAAGUUCGCAACCUCGUAUCCGGUCCUGUCUGGACUCGACGCGGCGACCAUAUCAAAUGUAAAAAUGUCUGGGUCUGGAAGCUUGUGAUGCUGGGUGGCGUCCCAUGAUGAGGCCGCAAGUGCUGGCUCAGCAUGACAAGUUUCUAAGCUUCUAGGUGUUGCCUAUUCUGCAUGACAAACUGCGUUUCUGCAUCACAGAAAAAUGGAGCUCUUGGGUAACGUGCAUGACAGAUUUAAGAGUCAUACCAGACAAGCAUGACAAACAUGCAUUUUUCCAGACCCAGACAUUUUUGCACUUGAUAGACCAAUGUUCCGAAAUGCGAUUUGACCGCCACCGGGAGUGACAUCCCGGUGAAGUGUCCGAAUUCGAGGUGUAACUACGAAUUCCUGUUCGGGAUCAACCAGAUGGGGUACAGUGCGGCCUGGUGCGAGGAACCGAACUUCUCCCGGUGCACCAUCGGCGAGGCGGCCGCGGACUGCUUCACCGCGGCGAAGGCGGCGAAGCAGUAUCUCGACCAGUACGCAGACACAGAGAGUGCGACCCUCGCGAGCGGCGCGGACCUGGACUACACCAUGGAGCUUGGCCGCAUCGGGGUGUGUAUUCACCAAAGUGCCACCCAGUACAGCAUGCGCAUCUUCGGCCACUGCGAGGCGAACCGGAACCAGCGGGUCGCGAGUCCGCCCUUCCACAUUGGGGGGUUAAAGCCGCAGGAAUUCACCGUCGGAGCGUUAACAUCAAACCGCCUGGAGACCUGCCUCCCGGCCUGCAGCGACAGCUGUCCCUCCGCUUUGAACGGCAUUUGCGAGGAUGGGGGGGAGAAUAGCGUCGCUGGUGUCGGCGUGGGGGGGAUAAAGAUCGGAAAGUACAGUGGGGUUUCCGGGGGGUACCGCUGUCCUCUAGGGACGGACUGCAGCGAUUGUGGGGUGCGGGAACGAGUCUGGCACCGGGUGUAUGAUCACAAAACUGAUAGUACUACGCAGAACCGGAUGUCCACUUGGGAGGAAGUGAUAGAGGGGUCUUCCCUGAAAGAAGACCACGGUUCUUUGACGCAAACCAGGUUCCGGUUGUGCCGCACGACGGGCGGAUUAGUCGGCGGGGGAACAGGGUCUUCAUCUUCAUCAGCUUCUAGUACAGCGACCACUACAGACGCGCUCGACUGCGUGGAGUCGUUCGCGACCGUGAACUUACGGGAAACGAUUGUGGAGAAGAAAUCGCUAAACACGGUGAAGAGUAAAUCCGGGUUCUGCGACGCCAACUGUCUGCGCGCGCACCCUGGGUGGACAUCGAGCACUCUACAGGCGGAUUUUGUCGACGCGGCCAUGCUCGCGGAUCGCGGCCCGGGGUUUCAGCUGCGACACAAUAUAGGUCGGGGGAAGGUCGCGCCUUCGGUGGAUGCGGCUUAUCCGGAUCGGGUCUUCGAACCGUGGAUAAAUCGCUUGAGUUACGCCGGGGUACUUGGGCAAGAGCCGGUGACGAACGGUAUCUGGCAGACGUCGGGCAAUAUUCUCGGGGUAAAUUGCACAGACGCGACGUCGUCGUCGUCCACUGUGGGCGGUGGUGGUGGUCAAGACGGGAGUUCCGAACGAGUCGGGGAAUGUCACUUCGUAGACAAUUACGACGUGAGUGGUCUUCAACAAAGCGCCGCUUCCUAUGUCGAGCGAAGAUCCUAUUUGGUUCUGGACGUGAGCUGCGAUAUAGCGACAACAACGACCACGACAACAACGAUACUAGGCGCUGUUGCGGAUACGACGUCGACAACUGAGGAAGCUGGUGAUGGAGUUGGAGAGCCUACAACGACUAAACCCACGACGACAUCAACAACAGCUGUGGAGCAAGAAACGACCCAGACACCGACUACAACGGAGCCACCAGCGACCGAGAACGUCGCGAUCGAUGUAUCAAAAAGAAAAAUCCCCCCUCCCCAUAUCAAAACGGAAAUCAGUGAUGCAUAUUUGUGAUCACAAAUCAGCUUUGUCAUGCUAGAAGGUAAAAGGUGCGGACUUUAGUACAGGGUGGUGUGGGAAUUCCUCGCACUUUCAGCAUGACAGGAGGCAGCCGGAAGUAUGGAACAGCAUGACAAAUUGCCUGCAAACCAGGCCACAGCUGCGACUCUUGGCCUUCUAGCAAUACGAAUCGAUUUGUGUACUCAAAUACAGCAUCACAAAUUUCGUUUUCGAUAUGGGGAGGGGAGAUUUUUCCUUUUGAUACGAUGUGGCCAUGUCGCUGGACCUCGCCGUGAUCCCGGUUUCGGCCGAAGGGCAGGCCAAGGUGAAGGCCGCCGUAGGCACCGCCACCGGCUCGGUGUUUUGCCGCACCUUCCAGGCCAUGUGGCUGCCGGAGGGCGUCCAGACCAGCACUCAGGCAGAGAAAGCGGCGGCAGCAAAGCUCUGCCAGCAGGCCCAGAACGGGGGUUCGAACCCGGAGUAUACGGGCCCAAGCGUGUUCUGGUCGGCCGAAAUGAGCAGCACCGGGGGACCGCCCGGGUUUGCGGAAGCGGCAAAACCCGUGCAGAUCUCGUUUACUAGCGACGAGGACGAGGUGGCUGCGAGAGUGGUUGUGCCUUCUACUCCUGUAGGAGACGGUGCUGCCACGAACACUUUCGCGGGGAGACGAGAGAGGAGACUAGUGGAAGAUGUCGUCGCGCAUCAGCUGCUCGAAAAAGAAAGGAAAACAACUGGUAGAUCGGCAACCGCCGAUGUUGAACACAAUAAAGCAGAUGCAGGCCGUGACCGUGAAGUAGAUAGCACCACUUUUCUGCAAGAAGGCGGCAUCUUCAAACAUGUCUUUGAAAACCUGCUCGUAACCGAAUUGCGGGGGUUAGUACUCGACGACGGCCCGCGGCUCCUCACAACUGCCUCCUCCGUUUCCGGAUCUCUCGCCUUUCAAAUGUCUCUGACCGCGCCCGGUGCGAGUCCCGCCCUCGUUCAGCAAGCGCAGGCAAGCCAAACCGCGGCGAACAAUCGCAACGUGACCAACGCCCUCACCUCGCAGGCGCAGUUGAAUGUGGCCAGUGCGGGCUUCCCGAACGUCGCGAAUGCCGUGGCCGCGCGCGCGGUGUCCGCAGUAAGUGUGGAUGGCGGAACAACUAUUACGACGACUCUGGCGCCUUCAGACCCGACCAACAGUACCACGGGCGCGGGAGCCGCUAGGGGAACUAACAACACGACAGACGAAGAAAGCGACACGCUCGUGGUCGUCGUCAUUUGCGGCUUUGGCCUCGCGUUGCUCACCUGCAUGAUUGUCCCGGCCUGCCGGCUGCACAUCGCCCGGAAAGCGCAGCGGGAGCGGGAUAUGGUGCGCAUUGCGGAGGUCGAGGAAGAGAAGUUGAUCCGGCUGAAGAUGAAAGCUUCUGUGGGUACUAUGGACCACGUCGUCGUACAGGGUGUAGAAGUCCCACCAGCUCCACGCUUGUCGCGCGAUAGUCGUGCAACGGAUUCUGCCAGGAGAAUUUCCUCCUCCAAAAAGUCAUCGCUGGACAACUCCUCGGUGGAGGACCGGCGCACCUCGGUGCACGGUACCGAGGCGGAGCGGCACUGGCAAUCGUUUUUGUCGGAUUACAACAAGAAGAAAUCGGCCUACAAGUACGGCAUGAAGUGGAAGGGGAAAAUCCGCGCAACCGAUUUGCAAAAAGCCGGCAUGAAGAAUUCUUCAUACCAGAAAGCCCCAAGCCGUUUCUCCGCGAAGGAAGUCUCCGGCAGCGCGCCGGUGCAAAGGCCUAGCUCCGGGUUCAACGCGGAGGAAGUGGAUCAACCCCACCACUUCGUCUGGCGGCCGACCGUCGAAGAACAAGAACCGGGGGAACAAGGCAGGAAAAGACGGAGUUCAACUACCUCCUCGUCCAGGAGCAGUGGUAGAGCUGCCAAGAGCAGUAUCAUUCCCGCGGACGUCAACGAUUUCUGGGAGCCGGAGGACAUGCACUACAAAAAAUCCGACAUGCGGUCGAUGCGGCGGAGCCAAAAUCAGAGUAAGAUCGAGGCGGGGCUUAUCAAAUGUAAAAAUGUCUGGGUCUGGAAGAAUGCAACUUGUGAUGCUGAAUUUGGAUUCCAAAAAAAACUGUAUUGCAUGAGCAGCAAAGGGAAUGCAAUUUUUGCUACGCGGAGAGGGCAUUUGUCAUGCGGAAUAGGCAUCGCGAAGCCCUCAAAAAAGCUGUGAUGCUACGGCAUGCAUCACAGACAUCAUGGCCAAUGCAAAACAUGCAUGACAAGUCUCAGAAUCUUCCAGACCCAGACAUUUUUACACUUGAUAGGGCUGUUCGACUUUGCCGAGUUGGAGAAAGACACGUGGCUGCAACGUGGGGGACCAGACGUAGGAUUUUACACCGCAGUGUACCAGCGAGACCAGUUUUUCUCCAGUGUACCGGAGAACAGCAAACACGGUUUAGACAGUCACAGCAGACAUUUCUGGCGAGACAACGCGACAACAACCACGGACGAAAUGGGUAAGUCCAGUGUGAACACGACGGGUCACGCAACUGCGUCGAAUUAUCAAAAAAUCUCCCGUAUUGAGAACAGCACCGCCGAGCCGCCCGCACCGAUCUCGGUUCUGCGUGCCACGGCGCAGACAGAGAGUGCUCUUGGUCCUUUCGCGCGACAGGGCAGCGGUAGUGCGGGCUACGGGGCCGCGGCCUCUAGUAUCUCGCGCGGAAGCGAUGGGUCUAGGCCGACCGCGGGUCGUGCGGAAGUAGAGGAAGAAGAUGUCAUGUUUCGCCCGACUGCUCGGCGAUCCUCUCGGCGCGCGUCCGCACGGAAAAGUGCGGCGGCACAAGAACAAUCGCAGCAGGCUCCUGCCGGCACAUCCGGGCGAGGGUUCUUCGGCGCGGUUGGUAACCUCUUCACCGGCGGGCUGUUUGGCGGUGGAAGUGGUACUAGAGCAGCGGAGCAAGAUUUUGCAGCCGCAGGAGCCCCUGGCAGUUCCGGCAGUGCCGCGGUCGAGCUCCAAACACAGAGGCGAAGCAGGAGAAGCGUGCAAGAAAACGAAACUUCUUCUUACAUGCCUGCGAGAAGCGGUGCAGCAGGUUCCUCUUCCUCUUCGCCCGCGCGCGUGGGUGUGCGACCGAAGGAGCCGAAAGUUUCAGACACACGACCAAAAACCUACGAGAAGUUUUCCUACACUGAGAACAGCGAGCCGGAACUCUGGCGACCCAGCAGUCGGAACCAAAACAAGACGGUCGAAGAGGGUAAGAACAAGCAGGAUUUGUUGCAAGUGAGAACAAAGCAAAGAGCCGACGCAAGAGAGGUGGACCAAGACUCCACCCCGGAGCGCAGUGAGGACAGCGAUUUGUGGCGCCCGAGUACUGGUGCAGCUUCUGGUGCAGAGAAAAAGAUUAAAGUAGACGUCCUGGCACAAGAAGAAGUUGUACUAGAAAGCAGUCCAAAUCCAAAGAAUAAAGCGAGGCAAGUCUCUUCCGAUUCCGACUCGACCCCGCAAACCAGUCUCGAGGGGGACCUCUGGCGGCCGUCAGGAGGUGCACCUACACCUGAUGGACACGAGGACCAAAACAGCACCCGAAGAACGACGCGGCACAGCGUGCGCGCGAUGGAGAACCCCGUUUUCCCGGACCAAGACCACCACACCAACAUGCGGGCGAGUUACUACCAGGAUGCACUGGCAGGGGCCGCCGCGCGGGCCAGCGUGGCGUCGCGGGCCUCGCUGGCUUCCCAAGAGGGGGAGGCGUUGGACGAGUUCAGUGGACGAAGUGACGAUCUUCUGGAGGAAGGCGGGGAGGACGACGAGGCGGAAGAGGAAGUCGAAUCUUUUACGGCUUCGUCAAAGGUGAAGUAUGUUCAGCAGCAGGAGAAGACGGAAAAAUCUUCCGCAUCUUCAUCAAAGCGAGCCAAAGCCCCCGCGCUGCAGGAGAUGCAACCUAGCAACAUGCGGGCGAGCAGACGGAGAUCACAAUCAGACGAGGAGCAAAAUAGUAGAACUACACGGCGACAAAAGAACGAGAGGAGUGCAAGCAAUAACAGCUCUGCUGCGGGUCGACGUGGAUUCACAUCUUCAGCCACUUAUAAUUCCUCGUCUGCUGCAGAAGAUCAAGAUGAAUAUGCUAUUGUUCCAGAAAGCAGAAGCAGAAUACGAAAAAUCUCUGCCGGAGAGAACGGCGAUCUCGCGGUGCGGCCGUUGCAAAGGAUUAAGCAUUUUCACAGAAACACACAAGUGGAAGAGCAUGAGAGGCGGAUGGAAGAGUUAGCGGGGUCUACUCCUUCAUCGAGAAAGAACGCAAAACGGAGGGCAAGGUUGAACAAAAACACGACACCGCAUCUGCUGGCAAAGGCACGGGCCGCGAAUCAGGCUCUCAGAUAGAAGACGACUCGUUGUUGCCCAGGUUUUUGGUUUUAUCUGAAGUUCAUCUCCAGUGCUUCUAUUCUAACAUGCCCGUUGUAUCAGUUUUUUUUUUCUUUCAUUUACAUUUUACAUUUUCUUCCCCCUGCUCACCUCUUGCCCCAAAGAAUUUCUGUAUGAUAGAGUAGAGCAGAAUGCGAAAGCUCGCUCAUUUGAUGCUAAUUAAGUACGCAGUGUCGCAUUGAAACGGAAAACAUGAAGAUUGUACGAUAAGUCAUCGAAGAUGAUAUCAGCUUAUUGAUGUCAAU